AUGUACCCCCUCGACUUUCGCUCCUUGGAGCGAGCCACUGCACAGCUCAUCACCGUCUAUAAAGCUCUAUACCAUGUCGACAACGAUCAAACGGACGAGCAUCCUACUAUGCCCACAACGAGGCAACCAGAGCCCCCCAUAAGCUCUGCGCAAGUGAUUCGACCGACUCCUCUUCGCCCAGCAUCGCUCAGGGCAAUGGGCGAAGACCCACUCGACCUAUCGGUUCAGAGUCGUCAAACUGUCAUCCACAAUAGUGCCCUUUCACAAAAAACAUCAAACAAUCCUCAGACUGUGCUACCUAUAUGCACAGAGGAAAAACUGAAAGCAGAAUGGAUUGCUCUAAAGCUCGCAGCUUCAGCAGGCAGCAACAGGAUGUCCUAUCCAAGGGAGUUCAAACUCAUGGUCAUCGACUACUACCACAAUAAUGGUCAGAAUAAAUAUCGCACUUGUAAAGAAUUCCAAAUCACAAAGUCUAUGCUGAAUGGAUGGCUAUCGAAGGUAGGGUAA